AUGCCUUCACCGCGAAAUCAACAACCAACCCGCGAGUUUCACAUAGUGGUCUUGGGUGCUGGCGGUGUGGGGAAAAGCUGCCUAACAGCACAAUUUGUGCACAAUGAGUGGAUUGAAAGCUACGACCCCACAAUAGAGGACUCGUAUAGGACACAAGUCGCCGUCGAUGGACGGCAAGUCAUGUUAGAGAUCCUCGACACCGCCGGCACGGAACAGUUCGUUGCUAUGCGAGAUCUCUAUAUGAAGACAGGCCAGGGCUUUCUCCUCGUCUUCAGCAUUACGUCACAGUCAUCACUCGCAGAGCUAGCACAGCUGCGGGAGGAGAUUAUUAGGAUAAAAGACGACGAAAAAGUGCCAAUAGUCAUAUGCGGCAACAAGGCAGAUCUGGAGGAGCAGCGAGCCGUCCCCCGAACCAAGGCGUUUGCCAUUUCACAAAGGUGGGGAGCGCCGUAUUAUGAGGCGAGUGCCAGGACAAGGACAAACGUGGACGAGGUCUUUGUUGAUCUAUGCCGGCAAAUGCUUCGACGGGACCAAUCCUCACCACACGAUUCGUUCCAAGACGGUGACGAGCGUACCGACGGAUCCGGGGGCUUCGGCUCCAAAAAAAACGCAAAGAAGCAUGGAAGGCGCACGCGGUGCGUCAUACUGUGA